GUACAGAGGACCGUGUAACGCAGUCAUGGCUGGUCGCAACAGGGUCACUCACUUACUGAAGCAGCUUUCUGUUGUAACAUGCAGAUGUCCUGCUCAUUCCUCCAUGCUUCAUGCUAACAUCUGUCAAGGUGAAGGUCAAACCAGUGUUGGAAAAUACGACUAUGCCUUCGAGAUGGCUUGCUCUAAUGUCAGAUAUGGAAAGGGAGUGACCAGAGAAAUCGGCAUGGACCUGCAGAAUUUUGGUGCACAGAAUGUGUGCUUGAUGACGGAUAAGAACUUGUCCAAGUUGCCCCCCGUGGCAGCAGUGCUGGAUUCUCUGGCAAAACACAAUGUUAAGUAUGAAUGCUAUGACAGCGUUAGGGUGGAACCUACAGACAGCAGUUUUAAGGCAGCAAUUGAUUUUGCGAAGAAAGGACAUUUCGAUGCUUAUGUAGCUGUGGGCGGGGGCUCUGUGAUUGACACGUGUAAAGCAGCCAAUCUCUAUGCAUCUCACCCGGAGGCCGAGUUUCUGGAUUUUGUCAAUGCCCCAAUUGGAAAAGGAAAGCCGGUUACUGGAUCGCUGAAGCCACUUAUUGCUGUUCCCACUACAGCAGGUACAGGGAGUGAGACCACAGGUGUGGCAAUUUUUGACUUCGAGGACCUAAAAGCCAAAACAGGCAUAGCGAGCCGAUCACUGAAACCUGCUUUGGCAUUGGUGGAUCCACUACACACACUGCACAUGCCAGCCAGAGUGGCUGCCAACAGCGGCUUUGAUGUGCUCUGUCAUGCAUUGGAAUCCUUUACUGCGUUGCCAUACAACAUGAGGAGUCCAUGUCCCACCAACCCCAUCAACCGUCCCGCCUACCAGGGCAGCAACCCAAUCAGUGAUGUCUGGGCAAAACAUUCACUCCGGAUGGUGGCCAAGUAUUUAAAACGAGCGGUGAAUAACCGUGAUGACAUCGAGGCUCGCUCCAACAUGCACCUGGCAAGUGUGUUUGCUGGAAUCGGCUUUGGAAAUGCAGGAGUUCAUUUAUGUCAUGGAAUGUCAUAUCCUAUUUCUGGGAACAUCAGAACGCAUAAAGCCAAAGGUUACAACGUGGACCAUUCUUUAGUGCCUCACGGUCUCUCUGUGGUCCUCACAUCACCUGCUGUGUUUGCCUUCACGGCCUCGAUGUGCCCAGAGCGCCACCUAGAGGCAGCAGAGAUACUAGGCGCUGAUGUGAGCAAAGUCAAGACAAAAGAUGCCGGAUCUUUAUUGUCGGACACACUAAGGGACUAUUUGUACGACCUAGAAGUGGAAGACGGCUUGUCUGCGCUUGGCUAUAGUGAAGAGGACAUUCCCAGCUUGGUGAAGGGAACUAUUCCUCAGGAGAGGGUGACAAAACUGUCCCCCAGGUCUCACACUGAAGAGGACCUUACUCAUCUGUUUUCAGCAUCUAUGAAACUGUAUUAAACACUAACUAUACAAUCCAUUACUUUAUAAAUGCUGUUUCUGACAAAAGUAAUAUUAGAUAUUAUCUACAGUAUAUCAUGAAAAUAAACCCAUAUAAUAAAUGAUUAUUAAUGUGUAUUUUAGACUAGGAUAAUUUAUUUUAUCAGCCUUUAGUGAGUAAGCUUGUGUAACCCAAUGGUAACAGGCAGAGCCUAGGGGUUUGAACCUAAUAUACAUGAACCUAACCAUCCAUGGGGGCACAUAUAGGUUACACCUUAGUACUGGUCCCAAGCUCUUUGCGGAUAAAUGAUCUGUCAUGGUAAGCCCUAACAGGAACGACCAAAAGGAAUCAUCUACCAGCCUGUAGUGAGUUUUUAACCUUAACAGUAUUGGUAUCUAUCUAUGUAUUUAAAAUAAAAUAUAUUAAUCUGAUCAGACCUAAUGAAUAAAUCUUUUGAAGCUUUA